AUGAUCUUUCUACAAUCUUCUCCAGUUGGGCGCAAAAAGACGACUUGCAAAUCGACAAACACUACCUUCCAUGCUGGUAUUCAAUCCGUCGUUUCUUGCUGGGAAGAAGCACCUGAAAUCCCUUCAGGACCCUAUUUCUUGGAUACAUACGGAGGGGGUUUACAUCGAGUGUAUCGGCUCUACGAUGACUUCUCCGGUAGCUUUCUGGAAUCUCUUAUUCAGUCUCCAGAUGGAACCUUUCAAACUCUACCGGCCCACAUCUCUAGUAGCAGUUCUCUUACCAUAGGGGUUCCGUCUCGUUUGUACUUCACUCGCACAAAGGAAAAACCUUUAGCAGGCAUUCGAGUAGGAGUUAAAGACCUUUACGACCUCAACGGAGUAAGAAGCUCUCGAGGCAACCGUGCAUGGUACAAUCUAUAUCCAGCGGCGAAUAAGACGGCACCAGCUAUUCAGAGCCUGAUCGAUGCUGGAGCUGUUAUUGUCGGGACACAGAAGCUUUCCCAGUUUGCCAAUGGAGAGAAUCCAACGGCAGAUUGGGUCUCGUACCUUGCCCCGUUUAACCCCCGCGGAGACGGUUACCAGGGUCCAUCUUCAUCUUCAGCGGGUGCCGGAGCGUCCAUAGCAUCUUACCCAUGGCUGGAUCUUGCUGUUGGAAGUGACACGGGCGGUUCCAUACGUGGACCUGCUGGGGUUACAGGAGUGUUUGGCAACAGGCCUACUCAUAACCUAGUCAGUCUGGACCAUGUGAUGCCUCUGUCACCCACCCUGGACACGGCAGGCUUCCUUGCCCGCGACCCAGACAUCUGGGGAGCAGCCCAAGCCGCCAUGUACGGAGACAAUUAUACUGUCUUUUCUCAGGAGAACAUGACGUACCCGCAAACCCUAUAUACCGUGGGUUUUCCGGCUAACAACACUCCUCAGGGUGCAGUGCUGCACCAAUUUGCCAACGAUCUGGCCGAUCUCUUUGCCACCGAUGUCCAGGAGUACAAUAUUACCCAGCAGUGGACUUCGACCGGGCCAGAGUCCGUUCGAGAUCUUCCAUUAACGGAAUUUCUGAACUUGACCUAUGCUGCUCUCAUUACCAAGGAACAGAUUGCCCUAGUCAAAGAACCAUUCUUCAGAGACUAUGCUGUCUCUCAUGAUGGCCGACUACCUUACAUCAGUCCAGCCCCCAGUGUUCGCUGGGCCUGGGGUGAAAGCCAACCAGACUCCAUUCUAAGCGACGCCAUUAAGAACAAAACCACAUUCAUGAACUGGUUUAAUCAGGAGGUUCUUCCAAGAGACGAGGACCCCCAAAGAUGUUCCUCAGGCAUAUUGCUCCAUGCUGAGAGUACCGGAAGUUUCGGCAGACGCGACGUCUACCGUGACCCUCCUAAUGUUCCGUUUGGCUGGUCCCUGAGCAGAAUGUCGAUCUUCAGCGAAACACCAGACAGUGUUUAUCCUCUUGGAGAGGUGCCGUAUUUCAGUGAUAUAACCAACCACGAGGAGAGCUUGCCUGUUACGGUUGAUAUUAUGGUAGCACGAGGGUGCGAUGGUCUUAUACCAAGGCUGGCUCGGGAUCUUGUUGAACUCGGUAUACUGAAAGUCCCAAAGACUGGUAGAAGUAUUGGAGGAGGAUCAGUCUUAUUUUAG